GGAUCCUGCCCUAGCCAAGGACACUUCACCAAGCCACACUCGCAAUCAAUCAACCCGCCUGUGUUCAAACACAUGGCUAGGAUAUUACAGUUCCCAUUAACAUCGCUCUUUCGAAGCCUAUCUGGAGCCCAUGGACGCUCCAGUAUUCAAGCAACUAAGAUACUUCACAACUGUGUGGGAGUGUCAUCAAAUAGGAAGUCACUUAAUGGAUUUAGAACUUUUUGCACCAGCGAAGAUUUGUCAAUCAAGAAGUGUGUCCCAUGCAACUCAAAUGACAUACGGCCCAUGACUGAACAAGCAGCAAAUGAACUAAUUCCCAAGGUACCAGGGUGGAAUUUGGUGAAUGAGACUGAUACAUUGAAGCUAAAUAGGUCAUGGAAAGUAAAGAGUUUUACUAAAGGUUUGGAGCUAUUUCAGGCAGUAGCUGAUGUUGCGGAAGCCGAAGGUCACCAUCCGGAUCUUCAUCUCAUUGGCUGGAAUAACGUUAAAAUUGAGAUAUGGACUCAUGCAGUUGGUGGACUGACGGAAAAUGACUUCAUACUUGCUGCUAAGAUCAAUGGGCUUGACCUGCAGCACCUUCUGAGACGAAAAGCUGCUACUUGAUCAAUACAAUUAUUUCCAGUGCAUAUGAACUUUUCAUUAGGGUACUAGGGUACACCCCAGCAGCGUGGAAUAAUAGAAUUUGUGUUCAACAUCUUGGUGGCACUCUUGCUUGCUUUCCCCUUUCCUCUUUUGACGACAUAUUUUUGUGAUAUGUUAUAUUGUUGGCAUUCACUCUCUUUCAUUCUCCCUCGUCUCCAUCUCUAUGUGUGAGACUAGUUGAAUGGAAUUGUGUGCUGUUCUGAGAAUAAGAUUACUGAAUGGAGUUUCUACCUAUGUUACCAGAUUUUGGGUUUACCAUUUUGUAUUUGACCCUAUAAUCUGUGUCUCCAUGUAGAACGUUGCAACUCAGUUACAUGAUGCAAUAUCUUAUUGUACAAUUUUCCCUUUUUCUCCUGAGAGGCA